AUGCCGAUCCACUCUAAGAAGAAAAACGCGAAACAACCUGAACUCGUGCCGAUGAGCGAAGAAGAGCUGGCACAAAUGGAAGAGCACAUCGAUGAAGUGCUCAAAACGCAGCUUCCGAUAGGCCGUAUCAAGAAGAUUUGUCGUUUGGACCCCGACGUAUCCAUGAUGAACAACGAGGCUCUUCGGCUGAUUUCAAAAGCUGCUGUGAGAAGACGUAAAAUAAGAAGAAAUUCGAACAUAAUUUAUUUCAGGAGUUAUUCCUCAUUGAACUGGGUAGGGCUGCCAACACAAACGCGGUGAUGGAGAGAAGGAAAACGGUACAGAAUAAAGACAUAAGUAAGCUCUAACAUUAUCAAAUUUUCAUAAGGAAUAAUCAUGUUUAAAGAUAAAUGCAUCGUGUCGCGAUGGACGUUCGCCUUCUUGGAAGACGCGUUGGAUGGCUGGCCAAAGAAUGAGCCGAAAAAACGAAUCAUCAUCUCAACUGAGGGUGAAUCGGCCGCUCCAGAUGAAGGCGACGUCGCCGACGACUCUGUUGUCGAAGAUUCUUGUGCCGACGAGGUCGACGAAUCUACCCAGCCGCUUCUUGAUGAGGAAGAGGAAGAAGUGGUGCCCGAUAGUGUGGAUUUGGAGGGGAUAGCCGAGGAAAUCGCCGAUCUUGAUGUUUGA